UAUAUAUAUACAAAACCUUGUGAUGAAAAGCAAUGGCAUUUUGAAGCUUAAAGUGGUGGUAGAGAAGCUGCAAAAGAGUCUUCUGCAAGCCAAGAAAUGGUCACCCAGAAACACCAGGGUGCCAGAAGACGUGAAACAAGGCCAUUUUGCUGUCAUUGCAGCUGAUGUUGAUCAAGAAAUUAGAAAGAGAUUUGUGGUUCCUUUAGCGUAUCUUGCUCGACCCGCGUUUCAAAGAUUGUUGGAGAAAGCAGCCGAGGAGUACGGGUUCAACCACAAGGGUGCACUCAUGGUCCCGUGCAGGCCGCGGGAGCUCGAGUGGAUGUUGGCUGAGAGAUCGAGCCGAGGAUGAGGAUGAUGAUGCCGGUUGGAUCCAGGUUGAAAGUUGCUGAAUCUCAUUCGGUUUAAAUUGAUUUCAUUUGAUUGAUUUCCAUUAGGAUUAAUUGAAGAAAGACCCAAUUUCUUUCUUUUGGUUUUUGCUAUUUUUUGGAAGCAUAUGUUGAUGGUCAACAAAUCAACUAGUAUAAAGGAUCAUUGAUUGCCAUCAAAAUCAAAAAGAUUAUAAGAUACAUCUUUUACUCAAAUGCGUUUUUACCCUAAUCCUAAAAGGGUUAACUGACUUGGGGUAUGUUUAUUAGCAGUUUGAUGAGAAUUACAGCUUAUUCGGUCAGCCA